AUGGUUGCACUUGCAGCAAUAGCAAGAAGCUUCCAUUUUCAGAAACAUUCUUUAAUCAAUGUCAAUUCCGUUGGUAAAUCUUCAACAGCAGGACACUACUGGCUCAGGCCUGCUGCUGCAGGAACAGGACUUGCACCACGUUAUAAGCAAAUUUGUGCAGCAACACAACAGCGACCGACGUGGCUCCCUGGACUUGACCCUCCAACUUAUCUUGAUGGAACUUUGGCUGGAGAUUUUGGGUUUGACCCACUUGGGCUCGGAGAGGAUCCUGAAAGCUUAAAGUGGUUUGUGCAAGCAGAAUUGGUUCAUUCUCGGUUUGCAAUGCUCGGGGUCUUGGGAAUUCUAUUCACAGAUCUACUUCGUGUCGCAGGAGUUAGUACCAUACCAGUUUGGUUUGAAGCUGGUGCAGUAAAAUAUGAGUUUGCAAACACAGGGACGCUCGUCGCUGUUCAACUACUUUUGAUGGGGUAUGCUGAAACAAGAAGGUACAUGGAUUUUGUAAGUCCUGGAUCUCAAGCUAAAGAGGGUUCCUUCUUUGGAUUGGAAGCUUCACUGGAAGGCUUAGAGCCAGGGUACCCUGGGGGUCCUCUGCUAAACCCUCUUGGUCUAGCUAAAGACAGUAAAAAUGCUCAUGGCUGGAAGCUUAAAGAGAUCAAGAAUGGACGCCUUGCAAUGGUGGCAAUACUUGGCAUCUUUGUACAAGCUUCAGUGACUCAUGUUGGACCAAUUGAUAACCUCGUGGAGCAUCUCUCCAAUCCAUGGCAUAAAACUAUUGUUCAGACCCUUGCAAGUUCUAGUUCUUAG